UAGACGUUCCCCAAACACAAAAUUAGCUUUAGUUUUCCAACUCAUUUCUAAAAGCUAAUUUUUUUGUUUUUGUCGAAAUGGCUUCUAAGGCUUUAGCAUCCUCUGCCCUCCUUCUCUCCCUCAACUUGCUCUUCUUCACCAUGGUGAGCUCAACUAAUGUCCCAGAUUGCUCACCGGCACGGCCCUCAAAUAGUCACAAUAACAACCACUCCCCCGCAACCAAACCAUCUCCUAAUCCUAAGCCCAGUUGUCCUAGGGAUACCAUUAAGUUAGGGGUAUGUGCCAAUUUGCUGAAACAAGAUUUGGUGCACCUUGUUAUUGGUAAGCCUCCCAAGAACCCUUGCUGCACCCUCAUCGAAGGUUUGGCUGACCUCGAAGCUGCAGUCUGCCUUUGCACUGCCAUUAAAGCUAACGUUUUGGGUCUCAAUCUUAAUAUCCCUGUUUCAUUGAGCUUGCUUCUCAACUACUGCGGCAAGAAUGUUCCCUCUGAAUAUCAGUGCGCUUAAGUACUAAAAUCUCUAGCUAUAUUAAUUGUUUCUGUCACUUCCAGAUGAUUUGCUGUUUUUCAAUUUUUUUUUUUUUUCCACCUUAGUUUUCACGAUGUGUUUGGUGAUCUCUAAGAUUGUUUAUUGGUUCAUGCCGUAAACAUUUGUGUCAAUAAAGAUUUAUGUUAAUAAACAUUUGCGUUAAUAUUGCA